CCCGCCGCUAAGCAGCACGCCGCCGGUCGGUUGACCCCACUGCUGGCCCUGGUGCGGCGCGGUGCGAUGCGCCAAACUCUCCAGACAUCCUUCAGGCCUGCGUUGGCACCCAAACCGCCGCCUGCUGAGGAGGUAUGGCUGUUACCGUUGCUGUUGGACCCUGCCCUAAAGUUCGCAGUCGGACCCAUUCCUGUCCAUCUGCUCUGCUCUCGUCGCGACCAGACGAGCUCAGUCCUCGUAGCUCUCCUCCCAGUCACUCCACAUCUCACCUCGUCUGAAGCCAUCCCAGGCUCCCAGCCCCUUAAACUUCGUUAA